AUCCAGGGCAGAGCUGAGAGAACGCUGAACUGAACCCACGAGCCCAUGCUGCCAUGGACGCAAAACACCGCGGGCUCCGCGCUUGGCCCGCGAGCCGCGCCGCGUGGCGGCCGAAGCCGGCUACGCCGGGUCGGCAAUGGAAGCCAUGCCCGCACAGCCGCUGUCGCGGCCACGUUCGGAGUGGUGCGGGGGGCGCGACAAAGGGUCCGUGCUGAGAAGUCCUCCGCGGUGUGGCUGGGCCACGACGGGUCAGCGGAGGCCGCAGAGUUCCUGGAGCUUUUGGCCCAGCGGCAGCUGCUGGGCGCAGCGCAGCUGCUGAGCGCUUUGGGCACCCCGUCCGAGGUCGACGGCGACGACUUUGGCCGCGUGUGGGCGCUGCUGCCGGGGCGAUCGCCGCGGGUGCUGAAGCGCUUGGACGAGCAGAGCUGGGCCCUAGAGCCGCCCUCUGUGGGCCAGAGCUAUGAGUGGGAAACCUGGGCAUACCUGCAGACGCUUCUGGGCAAAAGGUGGUGGGACGCUUACUGCUGGGAGUACUGGCGGUUUCUGGCGCCUCUUCCGCGAGAAGAUGCGCUGGAGCAGCUUCGUCGCCUGCAGGAGGCCGCCACAACAGAGGCUUGGUGGAAGCUGCCGGAGAACAGACCUGAGAUCGCGAGCAUGCUGCGGGACCAUGGCUUUUGCGCCCUGGAUGCCUUCCUGCCCUCAGGUCUGGCUGCGUCUGUGGCCUCGGCGGCCAAGGCGGCCUACGCGCGCAAGGAGAUGGGCCUUGGGGUGCUGAGCACCGGAGCCAGCUUCGCCCGCGGGGACGCGGUGCUCUGGGUGAACACCCAGGACCCCUCCACUGCGGGAAAGUCGGCAAAGCUGGCGCCGAAGGAGGGGCAGUCCUCCGCUGCUGUGCCGGAGCUCGCGAUGGUGCUGGAGCACAUCGACGGCUUGGUGGCGCAGCUCGCGCCGGAGUUCGAGCGCAUGCAGUGCAUCCGGACCCGGAGCCACGCGAUGUUCACCUGCUACCCGGAAGCGGCGGCUGCGGAGCUGCUGGACGCCACCGGAAAGGUGUGGACGGGUCCAUUCGCCGAUGGCACGGCGCAGGGCUACUUGCGGCACUUGGACAAUGUCCGGCAGCAAGGCCACUGCGGCCGGAUUUUGACCACCAUCCUCUACUUGAACGAUGACUGGCGCGAAGCGGACGGCGGCGCCAUCCGACUCUUCGAGGCGUCGCCUCCGCUCCAAGUGCGGGCAGAGCUUCUUCCGGAAGGCAACCGCCUGCUCUGCUUCUGGGCGGACGAGGUGCCCCAUGAGGUGCUGCCGCCAAAGCGAGAUCGCUUCGCCUGCACCUUUUGGUACCUGGAUCGGGACGCCGACCCGUCGUCGGUGGCCUUUGCUGAGGCUCCAGCGGUUCAGGUGGCCAGAGCGGCGGGCACCGACUUCUUGGAUUGAAGAAUCCGAGAAGUUCUCUCCAUGGUUCAGUUGGAACACCCGGUCCAAAGUCGCACUGGC